GAGUUUUCCUCAUCAUUUUGACGUCAUUUUGAUGUCAUGAUUUUCUCUUCCGCCUGGGGGUGUGCAACUUGACGUCAUUGCCUCCCUUCAGCCGAGCCGAGCCGAGCUGAAUAAAUGCCUCAAUCGGCAGCGUCGACAUCGCGAAAGUAUAGCCGAGGGCCACGUAUGCGCGAUCGCGUGUGCGGCUGCGACCUGUGGCAUGUACGGCAGCGUAACUUCGACCCGAUCGACCCAUCGGCCACGCGUAGCAACGUGUUGAUGAUGCAGUAUCGACGAAAGGCACGAGCAAACGGAGCGUGAUUUGUUUGCACACAGAGAGAGAGAGAGAGAGAGAGGAGAGGGUGCCGCAACGCGGCGGUGUCCGCCGCAGUGGCCGUUACAUUUUGACUGUGCGCGACGGGUGGUCCGUCCGCGUCUGGUGAAACGCGCUAAAAAAUACAUUGCUCGAUAAAACGCUGAGACAACAAUAACCGCGCGCGCGAUGCCCGGGAUUGCGAGCGCGACCGGCCUCAUGUCCGCGCGAAUUCGACCGGUACACCGACCGAAGCCCAAGAGAAUAGAAUUGUCGGGCUGCACGAAGGCAGCACCGUUUGCUCUCCGACCGUUCGCCGGCCUCUUCAAUCCAUAUCCCUACGGCUGCUCGGUGCUGUGCAACCAUCCGGCGGAUUGCGAAGCGAAGGAGGUGGUGCGCCGCGCCAAAGAUACAUGGGCGACCGAAGGAAAAGCGCUCUUGCUGCCGGAGGAGAUGGAGAUGAUACGGACGAGUUUAAUGGCAGUCGCAGGCGGCGGGGGCGGCGGCGAGGCGGCUGGAAAUGUCGGAGGUGGCGAUGGCUGCAAUAUCGAAGCGACGGCCGUGCCCGAGGAACUCUUCCGGAAAUACACGGAGACCGACUCGCGACCUCCGACCCCGGCACCCACGCUCGCCAGUGGGCCGGCAUUGACCAAUCGCGCGGCGACUCAGGAAGAUUUACCGGCGACCUGUAAUCCGCGCGAACGCACCACCUUGGUCCUCGAUCUCCGUGCCGCGAAUUCGCAGCACCACCAAGUGGAGAGCGAGACCUUCAGCUGGCACGCGCUUACGCUCGAGCCGCCGCCGACGCCGCCCCGGAAGAGCGAGAUAUUCAUCAGCAAGCCGGUACCGCGACCGCAACAUUCGUCGGUGGUACCCGCGCCGCCCCCUCCGUCGCCUCCCUCGCCCAUCGCUGAAAGAUGCGAAACGAGCUCGUCCAGGGGGGACGAGGCGAGGGAGGAGGCCGCCGACAGCGGCAGCAGCGAGCGACCCGUAAUUAUUCGAAGACGGGGAAAGCGGUUGCGUAAAAGAAAAUGUAGGAGGGGCUCGACGUACGGCCAACAAACGGAAGUCCGCGAUCCGCUCGAGCCCACGGUGACGCAGGUCUCGCAGAUUGAAGAGGGAUCGAGACGACCGUCAGUUCAUACGACAAAUACGGCCGAAGCUGAUGGCGCGGUGUCUCUCAAAAAGGCACCCGCGCCGGCAGCGAGUUACACGAUGCCGCCGAGUUUCCUCGCAGCCGACGUUCUCAAGCAUUUGUGCCGAGAGCUGGACCGCGAUAAAGUGGAGGCGGAGUUUUCGAUCAAGAGACGGAUCGCUCUGGAGGAGGCGCUGCGGGUGAAGGGCGACGUUUCUUACUCGCGCGGAUCUCGCCUGGCCAGCGCCAAUCUGUCGGCGCAAAAUACACCCCGAGUAUUCUCCCGUCAAAUGGUGCGAUUCGAGCUACUCGACAGUCAGAGUCUUCGUGGAUUAACACCUUUGCAGUAUCUCAGCAAGCACGUGUGCGUCACGUCGGGCAGGAAGCUGAUAUUUGGCCGAAUAUUUACUAAAUUCAACGAGGAGACGCCGCAAGGAGAACGGCGCAUCUCGCCGAACUAUGUCGAAGAGGCUCUUCAGGAAGUGGUCAGGAAGGCGUUGACGGACGAGCAGCGGUCUUAUCUGAGGACCAUGAUAGGAGAGAUAACGGAGUCGUUGAACUUCAAGGAGUGGUGCGGGUUAUCCGCCGUCGUCGAGAGACUGUUGUGUCCUCUUCCGUCGAAGGAAAGCGAUCCGCCGACGUGGCUCGAGAGAGCGGACUUCGAAGCUCUGGAACGGAGACUCAAGUCAGCCGAGGUGGACUCUACGUUGGCGUUAUUGUUGAAGGAGAUUCGUGACAGAUAAAAUGACGCGUUUCUUAUGCAUGUCCUUUCUUUUCUUUAUCACAGUGAUCACUAAUUGUAUAAUGUAUCUCACGAUGUGUUUCAUAGGUAUGAUUAUUAUUUGAUUGAUGUGUGUAAGCCUAAAAUAAAAUCUCUUUACGGUUCUACAAAUGAA